AUGGCCCAGCUUUUACAAAACAGAUGGCACCUCCGCCGGGUUGCGGAUACCGGUGCCAAAUCAUGCCUGAUAUGCUACAAGCCAUCGACCAGUGUAUUAGUUACACCUGACAAUGAGGAGGAAAUUGCGGCGAAGAAGAGAAAAGAGGAAAUGGACCGGGAGAUAGAGAAGGUGAAGAAAGAGUACGAGGAAAAGCAGCGGAAGAAGAGGGAAAAGGAGAAGGAAAAGGACAAGCAGAAGGAUAGUGAAAAGACAGAUGACAAGAAGAAGGCCGACGACGAAGAAGAAAGUAAGAAAGAUGAGAAAGAGAAAGACGACAAGAAUGCAGCUAGCCCUGUGAAUGAUAGCACGGAUGACAUGCCUCGAAUAUACUCACUCCACAAGAACUUCUACCAAAUGCGGGUUGAUAGACUGAAGGCUAUUGAGAAGUCUAAGAGAGAUCGUCAACGUCUGCAGAACCCCUCGACGUUCCCUUCUGUGCCAAAGACAGAUCUGUCAUAA